AGUGAAGCACGGAUAAUUUUCCAAAAGUAUGAAGAAGACUGGGGGAGUGGGUCGAUGUUACCGUUCAAAACAUUGAACACAAGGAUAAAAUCCAAGUGCAUGUUUUGCAGUCGAAGCCACCUCCAAAUGUUUCACAACCUACAUCCGUCGAUCAGGUAUGUCUGCACUGAUUUAUGUUUAUAAUACUUUAGUUUUUGAAAAAGUUUUUGGAACUGAUCUGUUUGCAAACCCUAAUUGUUUUUGCUUUUUUUUUUUUGCACAGCCCAAAGAUUCCCUGCACACAACAAGAAAUGAGAAGGGAAGUGUUAAAGGUAAACAAACUUGUCAUUUGUUUGAUUAUUAUUCUUGCCAAAUAAUAGUAGGAUAAAACAAAAAUCUGAAAAAAUGUGGUCUAUAUUUCACAUGUGAUAGCAAAUUGUGCAUCACAUUUACUUUAAGGUGCAGAUACCUUAUAAAUGAAGUACUAUAAUUGACUAAGAAUAUAUAUUACAAUGACCAAAUAUUUUAAUACUUGUCUACUAAAAAGCUGUUCUUCUGACAGUAUGUCUUGAAUAUUUACUUUAAUUUUAAAUAAGAAAAAUGAAGUUGAAUCUUUUGAUACUCAAUUAUAGUGUUCAUAUUGUGAAUUUUGUGAAUAAAUUUCAAGGCUUCUGCCUUAGAAAAAUUUAAAAAGGAGCCCACAAGGCCAAAAAACUGAGAAGUUAUGAGCCCAGCCUGAGAAAAGUUAAAUGUUAGGAAAAACAUUUACUGGGCACCAAAAACAGUACCUUGGGUGUCCCAGACUACCGGAAACCUGCUAGGCAACAGCCUUGCAUCCUAAAUACAAUAUAUAAUAAUUAUUUUUCACCCUCAGGGAACUGUUCUGGUAGUGGUUCAAAACAGACAACCUUAUUGAUGAAAGAUGGAGCAGUUUCAAUUGGGCCUGCUUUAGAGGUAGGAACUAUGCAAUUAAAAUUUGGUUUUCCAACAAAAAUAUUCAUAUCUCCUCCGUGGGUGGUAAUGGAAAUUUCCAAGAAGCAGGGGUGGGGGCCCAGAGGACCACUAGAAGUACAAAGAAUGUAUACACUCAUCUGGUACCAUUUGCAGAAACAAAACAUUUCCUGAACUGGAAAUUGAGUUUUUAGCCAGAAAUUAAAAUAUUAAAAUGUAUAACAUAUUAGAAUUUUAGAAUUUUGUUCUAAUUUGUUAAAGUGGUACUAUGAUCAAAAAUAUACAUUUUCUGUUCUUUUCAUAUUUUGAAAAUAUAAGUACUUGUUUCUUACCUUGCAAAGUUUCAAGUCAAAACUCGUACGGGAAGUGCCAUUAUUUUAACUUUACAUUUCGAAUUCGGCUUGCCGCCAUUACUCAAUUAAAAAUGACCGGGACCGAACCCUGAGAGUUGGAUCGAGUUUUCCUAAAGAUUUUGUGACGUCAAAGACUCAACACGUCACUCAACACGUGCCGUUUGGCUUUGUUGUCUGUGUCCCGGAGGGAAUAAUAAUCAUGACGUGUUGAGUCAUUUACGUCACAAAUCAAGUCAAGUGUACCAGAUCGCAAACCAGUAGAACGUGGGCUCGGAUUUAUGAACGGAGUAAUGGCGGACGGAUUUUACGUGAUUUUCGUGGGUUUUCAGUCAGCUAUUUCUGGGCUGUGUAAGAAUAUAUCAAUCUAAUUUAUAGCAAUUCGCAUUUGUCUAAACCUAUUAAAUACAUUUGCACUAAAAAAGCGAAAAAGAAAUACAAAAAUUUUCAUCGUAGUGGCACUUUAAAUUAGUAUUCAUACAUGACACUUCAAUUAUCUGGACCUUAUUUUCAGUUCUAGUCUGGGUCGUAGAUUUUUGACUGCAUUUAGUAGUUGUUGCUACAUUGACAUGUGUGCUGUAACAACCUAUUCUCCCAGCUUUUUGUGAGAACCUAUUAGUUGACUAUUUUAUUUUCAAAUUGCUAGAAUAUUGUUGGUUUGUGCUUUUAAAAUUAAAUUUUAUUAAUGAAAUUCAGUUUAACCCUUUCACUCCUGAGUUUUUCUACCCCUUUUUCCAAACUCGUAAAUAAAACCUAAAUGGCAAUGUAUGAUAUACCAUUUGAAAGGUCUUGACCAGUGCAGUCCUUAUUUCAUAUCAAAAUUGGAGAAGUAAAUCAUGGCUUUGACAUAAACGGGCUGAAAAUGUCAAAGUCAAAAAGUUCAGAAAUGCCUCAAUUUUCAGACAUACUAGGUAUACCCCCAAACUAUAGCUUAUUUUGCAGCUCUCAGUUAAUAGAGUAACAUGAGUUAUGUCUCACACUGCAAAUGUGUAAAAAAAAUUGUCAAAAGUUCCAGGGGUGGUCAUAGAUACUAGAGGGGUACAAUUUUAUUCUGAAAUGAACUGAUCUUUCCAAGACCAUUUUGUGGCAAAAUUUCAUUGAAAUAGACCAAAUAUUAACAAUUUUAUGAACUUUUUACGUCAGCUGACGUAAACAGGUGUUAAAGGGUUAAGUUGCUCUUUAAAAUGCAGUGACAUCCAGUCACCCAUGAAACUGAAAUCUGAAAGAAAUAAUUAUAAACAAAAUCUUUUCUAGUGUGAAUAAGACCACAGACAAUAUAUUUAUGUUACUUGGCUUCCAUUAUUGUUCUCUAGAAUGAGCCUUCUUUAGCAGACUCUAACAAAGUGACCGUCGAGUUGAAUGUUGAAGAUAUCAGGAAGAGAAGUGUGCUGUAUGCCAAAAGCUCAAGAACAUACCAUCAACGAAUGAAUGCGAAUGCCUUUGAAUUGUGCAUUGAAAAUCCCACUCUGUUAGAUGACAAACAGAACCUUAUAGAACUUUGUCGUAAAAAACUUGAUAAUGACGGCUACAAUUACAGCAAGAAAAGAUCAAGAUCAAAAUUGUUUGGAACAGGAUCAAUGGAGCAUGGUAGCAGUAGCAAGAAAGUGCAAAUGUCUGAGCACUUACGUACUAAGAAGGUUGAAGAACUCACAGAUGAUAUAGCUAGCCUCGCGGAUAGAAUACGACUUUUGCAACAACAGAGAGCAAGAGAUGAGCAACUUAAACAGUACAUGCGAGCCUCUGCAGUAGAAGAGGAGAUCACCAAGCUGCGAAAAGAAAAAAGAAAGCAUGAAGAAGAGGUGUUGCUUAUCCAGAAAAAACAGGCAAAAGCCAAAUGGUACAAAGAUAAGCAGUCAACCAGUUCCUCGUCUUCUGACGGGUCAUCGUCUUCGAGUAGUUCAACUAAGACAUUGACAUCUUUCUGGGGAAAGUCAGUUACACCAGCAGAACCAUUGAGUAAGGAAGCAGGUACAGCCAGAGGAAAUUCAACUAAAGCUACCUGUACUAAUCAGGAGGAAACACAGUCGUCAAGGGUUUCUGAUGAAGUCGCCAAGCAUUCUGGAGAUAAACCUGGAGAGAAUGAUACACCAGAAAAUGAGUCACAAGGAGACAACAAUAAUGGCACAAGGAGUGCUGAUAGUGGGAGCAAGGCUCAUUUUUGUAGAUAAAGACGCUCCUAGGAGUGACAUUUAUACACGAUAUGUGUCACAUCUUUCUUCUUGUUUAUCGGAUGUGUCUAAAUACAAAGUUGACGAUGGUUUAUAUGUUGCGUUAAUUAAUGAUAUGACACUUGAAGAAGUUGCUGUUGCAAGGAGAGAAUUUUGCUCUAGGAAACAUUGUUCAGAAUUACAAGUUUGUUCACAGUGCGAGGGACUGAUUUCGUUUGCCCACGAUGUCAUAAAUAAUGGAAUUGUUGAACUGAAGGCAUUUUUUAUCAAACACUUUCCAAAGGUCAAGUAUAUAAGUUCAAAGGCGGUAAGGCUGCUAAUGCAGCUGCCACUUAUUGUCAUGGAAAUUGCACCUGAAGGCCCAGGAUCAAAAAGACUGUAUGCUACAGAAUUCCAACCUGGAGUUGAUGCACAAAGAUUUGUGGUCAUAAUGAGACAGUUCUUGCAUUCGAAGAAAGCAAAUGUCAGAGAAAAGCUUCCAUCUAGACAAAAAAUAAACGCCUUAUGUGAACUAGCAACCACUGAAACAGAUCGUCUGCUACUAAAAAUGAUUGCUUGUUCUGAGCUUAGCGCUAAAGAAGCUCGGAAGCGAUAUGGAGUUCAAAAUCUCGGCGAAAAACAAAGGAAAAUCGAAGAGACCCUUAGAAGGGCAAGUGAAAUCAAACAAACAGUGGCAGAGCUUGCACGAGUCAAGGAAAAGGCACUUUUGCGCACCAUUGGCUUUGACUACGAAUCCAGUGAUUCAGAGGAUGAAAGUACUGACCUUGGCGAAGUUCAAGAUGUUCAAUGGAUUUCGUCAGAAGAUGCAACAGAAGAUGAAGAAGAGUUUCCAUUAAGUGAUCAGCUGCAUUCCAAUAAAGGACAACAUGAUACAGACAGCUCAGACCAUGGGAGUUCUUUUGUUAAGGUUGCACAAGAAAAUGCAGUAUCAAAGGAAAAAGGAACAUCAGACAGGGGUAUGUUUGAUCCAGAUGACACGGACAUACUGAAAAAUCCAACUGUAAAUCCAGCACCUUCAAGAGAAACACUGUUGUUAAUACUAAGAGAAAACAAUCUUAACUGGUUUACAUUUGUGGCUGAGCUAAAAAACAUGUUACCAACAGAUAACCCUGAAGUUUUAAAUCAAAUACUUGUUGACUUUGCUGAUUUCAUCCCCUAUAGUGAUCUUUCAACAGCAGAAGAGCAAUUGAUCGAAAUUAGUAGACAGGCAUAUUUAGAGAUUCAGCGGAAACAAUCUCUAGGCAACACCAUAUUUGAGACUGACAGUGAAUCUGAUGAUGGAGACUGGUGUGAAAUCAAUGAUAUUUGUUCUGAUGAAGCAAAAGAAAAAGUGCAACAAGAAAGAAAAAAAAUCAAGAUGGCUGCUAAAAGGGAAACUUCAAAGCUUAUAGCUAAAAGAAGCCCUUCUUAA